CGCCCCCGUAUCUGAUUGGUGAAACUUGUAUCUGUCGCCCUAGCGUGCACGAGAAGCCUUUUCUGUGGAGCCGAUGUGCGAGUUAUACUGUUUCAUGGUUAAGGUGACCGUCAGACCUCACAGGACUUUUUGACAUCGACUAAUGUACUUAAUUUUAAACCAUAUGGAAGCUGUCUUGUUUGACUUUCGUGUACAUGUGGUGACUCAUGCGCAGAUCGUUUCUGAUGAACUGUAACUGAAUGUAGUCUAAUGCGCGGGGAAUGUGCUCGUGGAGGGUCUGAAGUGACUCAUACUGGUUCACUGUGGAAUUGGACUACACACCCGGAGACGAUGAUGAUCGUGAUGCCGCGGACGCAUUUCGGAUAGGAAAAACAACUUCUGUUUUCAUCCUACGUUAUAUAACAUUGGCAUCGACAUGUAGCCAUAAAAACGUCCUUUUAGACUCGUUUGAUUUACCGGGAGUUUUUUUUUUUUUUUUUUUUUUCCCAUUAAAAUCGGGGGAAUCUUUUAUCCUCUUGAACAGAAGCACUUGUAUUCCCAGCAAGGAUGCCUGGUGUCCUGGGUCUGUACAUUGGGAUGGAGGUGUUCAUUGCCCUUUCCUCUGUCAUCGGGAAUGUGAUGGUGGUCUGGGCUGUGAGAAUCAACCGAUCUCUACGAGACACGACUAUUUACUUCAUCGUCAGCCUGGCUCUUGCGGACAUUGCGGUCGGAGCACUUGUAAUUCCUCUGGCUAUAACCAUAAGCAUCGGACUGAAGACUCAUUUUUACAGCUGCCUGCUCGUUGCAUGUACUGUACUGGUACUAACGCAAAGUUCAAUUCUCGCCCUCCUGGCUAUUGCUAUUGACCGCUAUCUGAGGGUCAAGAUACCAAUGAGACAUUUGCACUGGAAAACAAACUGGAAGACAAAAAUACUAUGGGAAGAACAUCACUUUUUUUGCAGUGUGAUCAGAUGCUAUAAAAGAGUGGUGACUCCAAAGCGUGCAGGCACUGCAGUAGUAGUGUGCUGGAUGGUGGCCAUCGUAGUCGGCCUGACGCCCAUGUUGGGAUGGAACAAUCUGAAGAAGCUACGACAGACCAACGGCACUGUGGGUGCUGACCUUCUCGUAACCUGUGAGUUUGAGAAUGUCAUCAGUAUGGAGUACAUGGUCUAUUUCAACUUCUUUGGCUGGGUGCUGCCACCGCUCAUCCUCAUGUUGUUCAUCUACACUGAGAUCUUCUACAUGAUCCACAAGCAGCUCAACAAGAAGGUCACUGCCAACCAGACCGACCCCACUCGAUAUUAUGGGAAAGAACUCAAGCUGGCAAAAUCUCUUGCACUGGUGCUUUUCUUGUUCGCUGUUAGCUGGUUGCCAUUGCAUAUCCUGAAUUGCAUCACUCUCUUCUGUCCUAGUUGUGACAAUUCCAUGUGCCUUCUGUAUGUGGCUAUCUUGCUCAGUCAUGGCAACUCCGCCGUCAACCCCAUUGUUUACGCGUUCCGUAUUAAGAAAUUCAGGAAUGCUUUCGUUAAGAUCUGGAAACAGUAUGUGUGCUGCUCAGAGGAUCCACGUGCGGACAAUCGCCCCAGCUUUCGUAUAGAUAGCAAAGACAGAAGACUGCGGCACAAUGAUAUCUGACGCUAUGCUAAACAGGUCUCCUCUAUUAGAAUCACUUUUUAAAACGUGACGUCAUAAUGAGUCUUAAAGGGUAAUGCAGUAUGAGAUAUAUGAUGUGAGUUGUGAGAAUACAUAUGCCACAAUAAUGGACAAUCAGACAUUACUGGAAAUGUUUCCUUGAAAACCAAGUCAAUGGUGCAUAGAAUCACUUGCAUCAUUUGUGAGUCAUCAUUAAAUAAAUGAAAAUGGCCUGUUUUAGAAAUAUAGUCACACAGUACAACUGGCUUACAAAUCUGUGGGAAGAUCUCUAUUUGAGUAUGAUUUCCUUCUGUGUUAGGGUUCAUUUUAAUAUCUAUCACAUAAAGGGCUUCAUAUAAUGAGUGCAAAAUUGCAGACUGUCAACGUACGAGUACACUAAACUACACACUUCUCUUAUAACAGCAUCUGAGGACUUUGAGAAAGGAUGAUGAGAAUGUGAUCUGAGGCCAUUUUAUAUGCCAGCGAAUUCAUAUUUGAGAAGAAUGAGACAUGGUGAAGUCAUUUAUCAUUUGCUGCUUUUCAAAGUGAGCGCAAGUUGGAGGCAGCUAGACCCACUUUUUCUUAAAGGUAUAAUUUAAAAAAAAAAAAAAAAACUUCAUAAUUUACUGUCAUAAUUUACUCACCCUCAUGUAAUUCCAAACCUGUUUGACCUUCUUUCACAAAAGGAUAUAUAUAUAUAAAAAAAAAAAAAAACCAUUGACUUGCAUUCGAAACAGCUGAAACAUUCAUGAAAAUAUGUUUGUUUAGCAGAAGGAAGCCAUACUGGCUAGAAACAACAUAAUGACAGAAUUUUCAUUUUUUGGUGAACUAUCCCAUUAACCUCAGUAUUAUCAGUAGCUAUCUCAUUUCUCAGGAGCUAAUUAGCCUCCUGCAUCCCUAGCUCCUCCUCUCGUCAGUCAGGAUUUGGCCUUAUGAUUCCCCUGAAUCAGACUAAUUCUUGAAAUAUGUGUACAUGUUAAAUUAUUGACAUUAAUGAUAUCUGCAUAUGUUGGUUCUGUUCUGAUUACCCUAGGAGGGGAGGGGGUAUUGCUGCUCUCCCUGCUCUUAUCCAUGCUAGGCUGCGUGGAUGCGCAGGGAGUUCUUGCCCAGAACAGAACCAUACUGCCAAUACAAACUCUAUGCAUUAUCAAUCAUAUUUGAUGAUAGUGGUCCUGACAGAAAGGAGGUUAAGUGAAAACUCUAAAAAUGUUAACCCUGAAUUGAGGGGAAACUCUGGGUUUUCCAUUUCAGAAAUGGAGGUAUAUCAAACCCGAGAAAGCAGGGUAAGUCAAACCCAUUUCUGAAAGGGAGGUAACUUAUACUCAGAGGCAGUUACCAUGGUAACUUACUCUGUGAACCUAACCUGGGGUGUGUUUCCCAAAAGCAUUGUUAGCCAACUAACAUCACAAGUUCAUCGUUAAUAACAGUUCAACGAUUUGAUGUUUCCCAAAACCAUAGUUCAAACGAACAUUCGCAAACAGAGUCAGAAACUUGUGUGGUUGGAAUGACAGCUCUCGAGCUGUGGUAGGAAGCAUAGCUUCUUGUUUUCAUGACUUGUGGACUUAAUCGUUAUAGAGCAAAAUAAACAAGCUGACAUUAAGUACAAAGUAUAUCUUUUAUUUUGGAUAUAUACAAAUCUCAUUUACAUAUUUUAUUUUGUCAAGAGAUUUUAAGCAUUUUUAAGAUUUCAAGAUUUUAACCAUUUUUGAAGAGUGCGCAUGUGCGUAUGUGCUCUGGUACGUAAGAAUGAGCAUAUGAUUGAAUCUGGAAAUAAAGCAUAAUAACUUAGAAAAAUGAGAAUUAAUCCUCAGAUGCCAUGUCCAUAAUUUAUAACAAAAAAUCUAGCAUUAAUUUGAUUUUAAACGGAUUCAUUUAAAGAAGUUAUUACUUCACCACCUGCGUGACAUUAUUCACCAACAUGGUUGAAUGACAGGUUUGCAACAAUAUGGUUUCAGGAAACAGUCGUGACUAGCUAGUUGAUUUGUUCAAUGAUGCGUACUAUGGUAGUGAAGCAGCGAGUUACGUCGUUGUACAGGAAACGCACCCUUGGUCGGGAGCAGGUUUUCUUUGGCAAACCCAGAGAUUCUUUUGGUCUACUCCCCCUUUUUAAAGUGCAAGCAAUGUUUAAACACUUCAUUCAUUCACGCUGCAAUAAUGCUUUUCUUACUGAGAAUUUUUGUCUUAUUUAAAGUACAAAUAUCUAAAAAAAGUGCAUUUACUUAAGUAAAAUUAUCUGCCAGUGUGGUAAUAAAAAUAAUCUUAAUGCAAACGGAAAACAAGAUUAUUCAGAGUGUCUAUUACUAAGUGCAAAUUUACACUAACUUCGCCCACCAAUGUCACACAGUGUCAAAAACGAUGUGUGUGAUUCAACAGCUUCAGUGGUGUAGGCAGUAGCGCGUAAGGCGUGUAGAACUGGUGUGUGACGCGAUUGACCCCGGUACGUCUCCGCCUUUUGCCGAGCUCACUCUUCUCCCUUUUCCCAUCACAUCAGAAAGGCAUUUAUUUUCAAUAAAAAUGAAGUGGAAGUAAAAUGCCUAACUAGUGUUUAAUAAUGAUAAAAGUAUUUAUAAUUGUAAUAAAUAUAAUCAUUUACACUCUGUUAUUAUUGCAUCAUGUUAAUGUACAACAAUACUGAGGUCCAAAUAGUAUGUGUCUGCCAGUAAUAAAGUAUAAAUAGCAUCUAAUUACUAUUUACACUUAUUGCAAAGAACUGCUACUUUUACAAAACAACAUAUCACUAUUUUCUAUCUUUUAGCAUCUACAGCUUAUUGCACUUACUGUAAAUAGCUGCUUACUUAUUUUUCUAACCCCACUGGCAGAUAAUUUGCAAAAAAAAAAAAAGCAUUUACAUUAUUUAUUAUUUAAUUUUUUUGCAUAUGGGAUACUAUGAAAAUGAAUAUUAGUUCAAUAACUUACGUUCUGCCAGUUUUCACCUCUAAUAUUAUAACAGUGAUAAGAAUUAAACUUGUAUUGACUCGGAAGUAUGCAGAUGUUUUUUUGUGCUGUUGCCAUGGUGAAUCGUAAUAUCGGAGCUCCAUUGAUCAUGGCUUUACAUAGUCGUGUUUUUUUUUUUUUUUUUUACACACAUUUUUCAGAUUUUCAGAUGUCCACUUGAGUGGACAAUAUGCGUUUUUUGGUUUUAACUGGAGAUACUGUAUUAAGCAUAAUACAGAAAACAAACAGUAAUACUGUGUGUAUUAUGUUCAAAAUGGACAAAUUUCUACCGUAGCUCUCCUGUCUGAGAAAACAUCAGACGGAAAUCUACGUUGAUGUAUUGAUGUUUUCAGAUUGUGGACAUAAGAUAGCAAUCAGGUGUUUUCAGUCUCAUCUGAAAUGAGCAGUGUUCGGGGUAAUGCAUUAUGUAAUCAGUUAAUUCUUUUGAUGUAACGAGUAAACGCACAAGUAACAUGCAUUAUAAAAUAUUGCUAGUGAUGCAUGUCUAAUUUAGUGGACAGAUGAUUAGUCAAAAAUUUCUCCCAAUCUAAAAUCAAUAGUUGGAAAAUUUAACAAUGACUCUUUAGAUGUUACAAGGAUUUUUUUUUUUUUUUUUUUUUUUUUUUUUUGCACUAGUGUCUGCUGUAGCGGUUGAUGUGCAACUGUGCAAUCAAAACCUAUGCAAGCAAUGCCUUUUUGAAUAGCUGUCCACUGUAGUGACCUCUAUAUGUGAAAAGGUUAAAAAGAACUGUGCGAUCUUAUUGGUCCAGGUUUUUUUUUUUUUUUUUUUUUUGUAGUUGUUUCAAUCUAAAUGAUUCAAUCUAAAAUCUCUACUGUAGGUGUAACACAACCACUGGAAAAUGACCAUGCAUUUUUAUAUUUGUAUUUAUAAGAAUGGCAUUUUUUAAUGGGGAAAUAAGAAAUGCAGCCUUCAGUUUCACUGCGUGAUGUUGAAAUUAAUUAAAACUGUAGGCACUUUGCAUUUAAUAUUUAGUUUGAUCAAAACUGUGGGCCUGAGAAGUGAUGUGAAAAGAUACACAGGAAGGAACCAUGAAUAAAUCUAGAUUGAAUGAUACUGA